AUGCUUAGAAGAGCAUCGUCAACAAGGGAGCCACCACCAAGUGUCUGGGAUUACAAUGUUGCUUUAGCAAAAGCCCUUGUGCAACCGAGGAUUGACACCGGGUCAUGGAGUGCCAAGGGAAAGAAAGCGAAGGAAGCUAUUGGUGUGGCAUGGUCCAAAUUUUUUCACACUUCAGGCAUUCCUGGCAGAAGGGCGGACGAUGCAUUCUUUAUCGCUGCAGUUAAAGAAACACAAAAAUGGGGCGAGGGUGUACCAUCUCCAACAGGGCGGGAUAUAGAUGGUAAGUAUCUGGACGAGAACGAAAAUGCUUUAAAGAAAAUAUUUGACAAGUGGAAGCUAGAAUGGCCAGAAUAUGGUGUUACUGUAAUGUGCGAUUCGUGGACGGGACCGACGCACAUGAGCAUUAUUAAUUUCCUCAUAUAUUGCAAUGGUCGUAUGUUUUUUCACAAGUCUGUUGAUGCGACCGGCUACAGUCAAGAUGCAAAAUAUUUGAAUAAGGUAUAUUAUUUUUCUCAGUUGGUAACAUAGUAUUUAAAUUGUUGCAUAUUUAUAUGGUUCAUUCUUUUAUUGCAGGAGAUAAGAGCAGUGGUAACUGAUUUAGGUCCAGAAAAUAUUGUACAGAUUGUGACUGAUAACGGGUCCAACUAUAAGAAGGCAUGCCAGGUUUUGAGAAGGGAAUAUCCUGCUAUCGCGUGGCAGCCUUGUGUGGCACACACGAUAAAUUUAAUGUUGAAGUCGGUUGGCGAUUUUAGAGAACACGACAUUGCCAUCCAAAGUGC